AGCGCCUCCUCACCUUUUCACUGUGCGCAAGGGGUCUUCUGUGCGUGUGUGUCGUUGGUAGCGGGUCAGCUUGAGGGCACGAAGAAAUCGGUUGUGUGUGUGUGGGGGGGGGUAGACGAAGAUGAGGGUGGAUGUGGGCAAGAGGGGAGGAAGGUUGGCAAGAGUGUGGGAUGAAGGAUGGACGUUGGGCCUGUUGUUGGGGAAAGGGGGAUGUAGGAUUUGGGUUUAGCAACACACACGCACGCACGCACGCACAUGUGACGCUGUAGCUUCCAGGACCUCCCAUAGUACACACAUCACACCUCACACGCACACACAUCAGCCCGCAGGCAGACAACACACCUCGUUCUCACACGAUUUUGAUUUGACACUUGUGUUGUUUCUCACAACAUGAAACCCGCUGCACACCACAUGAACCAUCACCACUACAUUAGGGCUGCCCUUUGUUGGCCACACGUUGCUGAACCUGAGCAGCGCGGGCGUGCUGAAUGUGGUGGUUGUCACCAACACACGUGGCCUCGACUACCUGGAGAGCUACAAGGGCGUGCACACGCGCCUGAACAUGGACGCCGUGGUUGUCGACGACACGUGGAGCGGGUCGGAGGUGGACGGCAUCAUCAAGGCCGAGAGCAAGCUGCGCGACACCCCGUUUGUGUUUGUGGCCACCAACCACGCGCACGACCCGGAGCUCAUCUCCAAGAUGGCGACGAGCGGGCACGUGCUCGACGGCACGGGCGCCGCGUGCCUGAUUGAGCACGAUGUGGAGGGCAUGGUUGGCCUGCCACAGACGACCAUCUUCGGCGCGUGGCCGGCGCUGGACGACUCGCACGUCACCGCUGUUGGCACCAACCUGAAGGCGUACAACGGCGUGUUUGCAGGCCUUGCCGCGUUCCCUGGCGACGUGUUCAAGAAGGCGCGCACGCUGCACGAGACAGACCCCGCCGCGGACCUCAGUGCCCUGCUCAACGUGUACGCGCGCAAGGACACGCUGCACCUGAUCAAGAACGACGCCAAGAGCGUGUGGCUGGCCGGACUCACGGAGGCGUCACGCGACUUUAGCGUGCAGCAACUGGAGAAGAUGGGAUCGCCGCUCAAGCUGCAGACGGGCGAGGAGGUGGUGGUGCUCGGCGACCACUCGGCCUCCACCGACGAGGAAGGUGGUGAUUGGUCGCUCUUCUCCGUCGAGAAGUGGCGAAACGCAGUCUUCACCACAAAGUCCUUCUUUGAGCAGCUGUAUGCGGACACGCACACGUUUAUCGAGCAGCAGGUGGAGAAGCUUGGCGGCCGCGACAACGUGUGUCUGAUUGAGGUUGGCUGCGGCACUGGCGAGACGAUCAUCCCGCUCGCCUCCGCUGCAAAGUACUGCAUCGGCAUCGACAUCAACGAGGACUUUAUCAAAUACAGCCAGGUGCAGAACAAGGCGGACAACGUGCGGUUUGUGUGUGGCGAUGCAACAAAGCUGCAGGAACUGCUGUCCACAAGCGAGGUGGCGGAUUGGGCCGGCGAGCCAUUACGCAAGCUGGUCAUCUGCGUGGGAAACACCAUUGGCAUCAUUCCAGAGUUUCUGCGCGACUCCAUCUACCGCAACAUGGCGGAGGUUGCCGGCGACGACGGCGCAUGCGUGGUCAUCUACUGGAACGGCAACUGCUUUGGCGAGGCGGUGCAGCACUUUUACAACGAAAACCCGCAGCUGUGUGGACCGUUCAAAGGCAAGCACGUGGACUUCCAGGCGUGCACGCUGCAGACGCCGUCCGGGUACAACACCAAGUGGACCAAGCCCGAGGAGGCGCGGGAGCUGCUGCAGAGCAAAGGCCUGACCACGCUGGAGGUGGUCGAGCAGGGCAGGGGCGUGAUGGCCGUGUUCAGAAAGUGAACGCACCAGUCACCACGCACCACUCACUCACACGCGACGCUCAAUGUGUGUGUGUGUGUGGGUGUGUGUGGGUGUGUGUGUAUGAGGCCAUGUGCAGGGGCUGCGCGCGGAUUCAUGGUUGGGAUGGUGAUGCGUAAUUGACCUGAUUGUGUGUUUGAGUGUGAGUGGAAGGGCACAUUGAUUUGGUACUGGUGUGUGCUUUUGGGAUGGGUGGCUUUUCUUCUUUCAUAUCUUUGCCCCCACCUGUUGAGGUUGUUGCGUGUGUUAGGAGGGGGUGAUUGUGGGUCGUGGCUUUCAACCACAGCCUCCUCUUUCCACGCGCUGCUCACUUCGUUAAUUCGGCAAUGCCGUCGUGCUGCGAUUGGAGCUGUGCGCGUUGUUACCGCGUUCCGCCCUCCGCCUUGCUCGCUUGCUGGCUGGCUUGCGUUGUCGUUUCGCCUGGUUCUCGCUGGCGCAUCCUUACCUGCACCCAGCCUUGCUCGCCUCUCUGCCCCUUUGCUGUUUCCUCGCUGCCGUUAUCCGUUGCGUGACAAGGCUUGGCUGCCAUUGCCGAGCUCAUUUCGGAGAUUAGACAAACCAAAC